UGGAGCUCUUAGUUGUCCACCGUCUUGUAGAACUGAUAAUGGAUUGUACCUGAAAGGUUUUGCUCAAGCAAACCAGUUUAACUAUGGAGUUGAUAAUGCUGAGUUGGGAAACAGUGUGCAAUUAGUAUCUUCUUUCCGAUCAGUUUCUUGUGAUGUAGAAAAAGAUUCAAGUCAUUCAACUCAAAUUACAUGUUAUACUAGAGCAAUGCCAGAAGAUUCCUACACUGUUAGGGUCAGUGUGGAUGGGGUUCCUAUUACAGAAAAUAAUACCUGCAAAGGUCACAUCAACAGCUGGGCCUGCAGCUUCAAUGCAAAAAGUUUCAGAACUCCAACAAUAAGGAGCAUUACACCUUUAUCUGGAACUCCAGGAACAUUAAUAACAAUCCAAGGCAGAAUCUUCACUGAUGUCUAUGGAAGUAAUAUUGCACUAAGCUCAAAUGGGAAAAAUGUUAGGAUCUUGAGAGUUUAUACUGGAGGAAUGCCCUGUGAACUUCUCAUACCACAGUCUGAUGAUUUGUAUGGACUAAAACUGGAUCACCCAAAUGGAGACAUGGGUUCUAUGGUUUGUAAGACGACUGGAACUUACAUUGGUCAUCACAAUGUCAGCUUCAUCUUGGAUAGUGAUUAUGGAAGGAGUUUCCCAGAAAAAAUGGCAUAUUUUGUUUCUUCUCUCAAUAAAAUUUCAAUGUUUCAAACAUAUGCAGAGGUCACUACGAUUUCACCUUCACGAGGGAGCAUUCAAGGCGGCACCAUGCUAACAAUAAGUGGACGGUUCUUUGAUCAGACAGAUUUCCCAGUCAGGGUUCUAAUUGGAGGUCAAGACUGUGAUGUUUUGAAUGUCACAGAAAAUAGCAUAUGUUGCAAGACACCCCCUAAACCUGAUAUUCUCAGAACUGUAUACCCAGGUGGGAGAGGCCUAAAGCUUGAGGUAUGGAAUAAUAGCCGGCCAUUACAUCUUGAAGAAAUACUUGAAUACAAUGAAAAAACUCCAGGGUACAUGGGUGCCAGUUGGGUAGAUUCAGCUUCCUAUGUUUGGCCAAUGGAACAAGACACAUUUGUUGCACGCUUCAGUGGAUUUUUGGUGGCUCCAGAUUCUGAUGUUUAUAGAUUCUACAUCAAAGGUGAUGACCGUUAUGCUAUUUAUUUCAGCCAGACUGGACUUCCAGAAGAUAAGGUAAGGAUUGCUUAUCAUUCUCCCAAUGCCAACAGUUAUUUUUCCAGCCCAACACAAAGAUCAGAUGACAUUCAUCUUCAAAAAGGAAAUGAAUAUUACAUUGAAAUCUUGCUGCAGGAGUACAGACUAAGUGCUUUUGUUGAUGUUGGACUGUAUCAGUAUAGAAGUGUCUAUACUGAACAACAAACGGAGGAUGCAGUAAAUGAAGAACAAGUGAUCAAGUCCCAGUCAACAACUGUCCAGGAAAUACAGGUUAUAACAUUGGAAGACUGGGAAACAACCAGUGCAACUAAUGAAGUCCAGAAGAUCAUGGUAACCAGUCCAUGUGUGGAAGCUAAUUCAUGUUCACGUUACCAAUAUAGAUUAGUUUAUAAUAUGGAAAAAACUGUCUGGCUACCUGGCGAUGCUUCUGACUUCAUACUGCAGUCAGCCUUAAAUGACCUCUGGUCUGUAAAACCGGAUGCAGUUCAAGUAGUAAGAACACAAAAUCCCCAAAGCUAUGUUUACAUGGUAACAUUUAUAUCAACUAGAGGAGACUUUGAUUUGCUCAGUUAUGAAGUAUUUGAAGGGAACAAUGUCACACUGGCUGUUACAGAGCAAACCAAAGGAAAACCCAGUUUGGACACAUUCACACUGAAUUGGGAUGGGAUCAUGUCCAGACCUCUUAUGCCACAGUCAUCAGAAGCUGAAUUUCAGGCAGCAGUGGAAGAAAUGGUUAGUGCCAAGUGUCCACCACAAAUUACAAAUUUCGAAGAAGGAUUUGUUGUGAAAUACUUCAGAGAUUAUGAAACUGAUUCUAACCUGGAACAUAUUAAUAGAGGGCAGAGGACAGCUGAAACUGAUGCUUACUGUGGUCGUUAUUCCCUGAAAAACCCAGCUGUUCUUUUUGAUUCAGCAGAUGUUAAACCAAACAGACUGCCAUAUGGAGACAUUUUAUUAUUUCCUUAUAAUCAGUUAUGUUUAGCAUACAAAGGAUUCCUGGCAAAAUCUAUUGGUCUAAAAUUUCAGUACCAAGACACAAACAAGAUUACUAGAAGCACUGAUAGACAAUUUACAUAUAACUUUGCAUAUGGAAACAACUGGACCUACACUUGUAUAGACCUUCUGGACCUCAUACAAACCAAAUACACUGGCACCAAUUUUUCUCUUCAGAGGAUUAAUUUGCAGAAGGCAUCAGAAUCACAGUCUUUCUAUGUGGAUAUUACAUACAUUGGACAGACAGCUACAGUUGCAGCAUUGGAUGAAAUGCCAAAGAGAAGACUUCCAGCACUAGCAAAUAAAGGAAUAUUUUUAAAGCACUUUCAGGUGAAUCGAACCAAAAUUAAUGGAUCAAGUAUGACCAACCAAUAUUCUGUCACCAUGACAUCAUAUGAUUGUGGUUAUAAUAUACCCAUGAUGGCUGUGAGCUUUGGGCAGAUAAUCCCAGAGUCGACAGAGAAUGAGUCUGUUUACAGAGGAAAUAAUUGGCCAGGGGAGUCAAAGAUUCGUAUUCAAAGAAUUCAAGCAGCAUCUCCACCUCUAAGUGGCAGCUUUGACAUUCAGGCUUACAGACAUAUUCUCAAAGGCAUCCCUGCUGCUGUGUCCGCUGCAGAAUUGCAGUUUGCUCUCCAGAGUCUAGAAGAAAUGGGACAAGUCUCAGUAACACGAGAGGGAACCUGUGCUGGAUACUCCUGGAACAUCAAGUGGAGAAGUGCAUGUGGGAAGCAGACUCUCCUGCAGAUCAAUGAUUCCAACAUUUUUGGAGAAAAGGCUAAUAUGACAGUUAAAAUGAUAAAGGAAGGUGGCUUAUUCAGACAGCGCAUCCUUGGAGACCUACUUCGUACACCCAGUGAGCAGCCACAGGUUGAGGUCUAUGUCAAUGGAAUUCCAGCUAAAUGUUCAGGUGACUGUGGAUUUACAUGGGAUUCCUCAGCUACUCCUCAAGUCUGGACCAUAAGUCCAUCCCAAGGGUCCUAUGAAGAAGGCACAGUUCUAACCAUAUCAGGUUCUGGAUUUUCUCCUAGUUCAGCUGUGUCAGUCUCAGUUGGACCAGUAGGUUGCUCUCUUCUUUCUGUGAAUGAAAAUGAGGUCAAGUGCCAGAUUCUUCAUGGAAGUGCUGGACAUUUCCCAGUUGCUGUAUCCAUAGCUGAUGUUGGACUAGCAUGGAAUGUAGAGGAGGAAUUCCGCUUCAUUUAUCAGAGUCAGAUCUCACACAUCUGGCCUGCUUCUGGAAGCCUAGCAGGUGGUACUGUUCUGACCAUAUCUGGAUUUGGCUUUAAUAAAAAUUCAAAGGUAUUAGUUGGAAAUGAAACCUGCAGCAUAAUUGAAGGGGAUUUGGAUAAGAUAACCUGCAGAACACCAAAAAGAUUUGAGGGUACAGUUGAUAUUUCAGUUAUUACCAAUGGAUUUCAAGCUAUGGCAAGGAAUGUUUAUAGUUAUAAUUGUUUACAGACUCCAGUUAUAACUGAUUUUAAUCCAAAAGUACGAACAAUACUGGGAGAAGUUAAAUUAACGAUUAAGGGUUAUAACUUUGGAAAUGAACUCACACAAAACAUGGAGGUAUAUGUUGGAGGAAAAUCCUAAGUCCUUCACUGGAACUUCACAGAUAUUAGAUGCAUUUUGCCCAAGUUGUCUCCUGGAAAACAUGAUAUCUGUGUCGAAGUCAGAAACUGGGGUUUUGCAUCAACAAGAGACAAGUUAAAUGCUUCUAUACAAUAUGUUUUGGAAGUGAGCAACAUGUUUCCACAGAGAGGCUCCUUAUAUGGUGGAACUGAAAUAACCAUAAUGGGUUUGGGAUUCAGCACGAUACCAGCUGAGAACACCGUGAUUUUAGGGUCCUUCCCUUGCAAUGUGAUAUCAUCAUCAGAAAAUGUCAUAAAAUGUAUUCUUCAUUCAACAGGGAAUGUGUUCAGGAUUACCAACAAUGGGGAAGACUCAGUACAUGGAUUAGGUUAUGCCUGGUCACCAUCAGUCUUAAAUGUAUCUGUGGGAGACACAGUGACAUGGCGUUGGCAAGCAGAUCCAUUUCUUAGGGGAAUAGGAUAUAGAGUUUUCUCUGUCUCUAGUCCUGGAAGUGUUAUUUAUGAUGGCAGAGGAUUUACAAACAGAAGAGAAAAAUCUGCAUCAGGUUCAUUUUCUUACCAAUUUACUUCACCUGGAAUCCAUUAUUAUAGCAGCGGGUAUGUUGAUGAGGCUCACUCCAUUUUUCCUCCAAGGAAAUGUACUGACUUGUUUUCAUAUUCAUUUUACUUUCAGGUUACAAUUGGUAGCUAUCCUUGUGUUGUAGAAGAAAGUAGUAGCCAUUCCAUUGUGUGUCAUAUUGACCCUCAAAACUCAAUGGAUGUUGGCAUCAGGGAACUUGUCACAGUAACUGUCUACAACCUGGGCACUGCUAUCAACACACUGUCCAGUGAAUUUGAUAGGCGAUUUGUACUUUUGCCCAGCAUUGACUUGGUAUUACCAAAUGCAGGGUCAACUACAGGAAUGACAAAAGUGACCAUAAAAGGCUCUGGAUUUGCCGUUUCUUCUGCUGGUGCGCAAGUCUUUAUGGGUCAUUUUCCAUGUAAAGUUCUGUCGGUGAAUUAUACAGCCAUUGAAUGUGAAACAUCUCCUGCUCCCCAACAGCUUGUGGAAAUAGAGCUUCUGAUCCAUGGAGUGCCUGCCCGGUGUCAGGGGAACUGCAGCUUUUCAUAUUUAGAAAGCAUCACUGCUUUUAUAACAAGAAUCACCCCAAACUCCAUCAAAGAAUCUGUAAAAGUUCUUAUUGAAGGAGAAGGUUUUGGCACUGUCUUAGAGGACAUUGCUAUUUUCAUUGGAAACCAACAGUUCAGAGCAAUUGAUGUUCAUGAAAAUAACAUCACUGUACUUGUGACUUCUCUUCCGGCUGGACCUCAUUCUCUUAGGGUUGUGGUGGGAACAAAAGGCUUGGCUCUGGGAAACCUUACUGUCAGCAGCCCCGCAGUAGCAUCUGUCACACCAACUUCUGGAAGCAUUGGUGGUGGAACCACUUUGAUGAUCACAGGAAAUGGCUUCUAUCCAGGCAAUACCACAGUCACUGUUGGGGACAAACCUUGUCAAAUCAUUUCAGUCAGUUCCAGUGAAGUCUACUGCCUCACCCCAGCAGGGACAGCUGGAAAGGUCAGCGUGAAGAUCUCUGUUAACACCGUUGCUUAUCCACCUCUGUCAUUUACAUAUGCCUUGGAAGAUACUCCACUUCUCAGAGGAAUUGUCCCAAGUACAGGUACUCCAAUACCUGCCUUUUUGUUGUCUUAUAUCAUAUUAUCAGUAACACCUAUUAGCAUAGAAUUGGAGUAA